AUGCUACAAGUCCUUUCGAAUGUGUCGGUGUUACCUACAGCAGCAUUGGACGCUGAAGGAGAUACGCUGGCAGACACCGCUGCACUUGAAGAUACAGCGGAGCGGCUGGUGCUCGAUACGCUAGAUAUGGUGAUACUUGACGGCUCUGAGAAGGUGGUGGAAGGGGUCAAGAGACUGGUCGUUUCGAUAGAAGUGGACAGGGUCGAGAGACUGGUUGUUGCGACGGAAGUGGAUAAAGUCAAGCUACCUGACGAGGAGAUUGACGACGUCGAUGAAACUGUGCUUUCCGUAGAGCUGCUGCUCGCACUCUCCGAUGAGGAUCUCGAUACCGGGCCAGGCCCCCCCGAUAUCGGUAUCGCAGUUGUUGUCGAUGGAAGAGGGUCCAAGCUGGUCGAGCUGCAUGGUGGUAGCACCGACAGCGUCGACGUUGGCUCGACAUCGCUAUCGCUAGUCGAGAUGGGCUCGAUGGUGAAUGUCUGUGCUGCGACCCAGGCUGCGGACGCCAGCAAUACAAGCGCGAACUUCAUGAUGGUCGAAGGAUGGCCGGCCAGCUGA